AACGAUCGUGGGAAAGAAAGCUGUUGGAAUCAAUCCAGCAAGCAUUGUGUGUAAUUUCGGAUGUAUGAGACAUCAGAACUAUCAAUUCCACUGUCAAUGUUUGUGAUCGUGAAAAACUAUGCCAUAGCCCUAAUUUUACAUUUAUGGAACCUGUAUGUAGUGAUUUAACUUGUAUGGAGCGCUAUUGUUGUUGUGUAUAUGUGAAGUGAACGUCAUCUUCUGACGACUCUGCAGGAUAGACGUUUUAAUGAAUUAUGGAAUCAAAUUUGAAAGCAUAGUAGAAAACAAUAUAAAACUCAGAAAGCGUGUUGAAUAAGUUGAAUAAGCAAACGAUGUCAAAAGAAUUUACCUGAAAAAAAAUACAAAUCAGCAUUGUAAAGGACCACGGACGCGUUUGACAAAUUUGAUGCUGAUUGGCUCUCUCCUCAGAAUAGGGCGCGGCCUAAUACAAACAAGGAAGUGGCAUUUCUCAUGCCAAUAACAAAAGUUCCAAAGAACGCUUGGUGGCAAAUACAUUUAUUAUAAUGAAGUGAGCAAGCAUGAAUGCGACGUGUGUGUCAGUAGAAAACAAAUGCGGCCUUUGAUAAUGUAUGUCAUCGUGGAAAAGGGUGAUUUGGCACUCAUUUUAAAUAUUUGAGUCGUGCACUGAUGGGUUGAUGUCGUGUAAUUAAAGCAAUGAUACGAUUUGAUGAAUAAUAUUCUGUGUGGACAUCCACUUUAGAUUCCUUUAUUUGUAGUUAUGCGUGAUAUAUGUGUGUAUGGCGGUCGUGUGCGUGGAUGGGAGGGAGCGAGUGAGAAAAGGAGAGAGGGAGGGCGAACCAAAGCCAAUAAGGGCCUAUGCUGGCUACUGCCCGUGCACACAGCGCUUUAUUUUUAUUUAUGCCGAGCAAGAAUCUCGUGUUUGUAGGCCCAGUCCGUGGCGUCUAAAAGCCAGCUACCCUCUCCGGGGAGGACGGUAGCAUGAUAGCCGUGGAUGGGAAUCGGCAGGAAGAGCGUCCCCGUCUGCUGCAUUCCGACUGCGCCCGCACCCGAAGCCACCGAGUCGGCAAGCGGCGGCGUCCGACAUGGGGAAGGAGGUGAACGGCGUCUCACGGAGCCGCUUUGAGAUGUUCACAAACAGCGACGAGGCUGUCAUCAAUAAGAAGCUACCCAAAGAGCUGUUGCUGCGAAUCUUCUCCUUCCUGGAUGUGGUGACGCUGUGUCGCUGUGCUCAGGUCUCACGGUCCUGGAAUGUUCUGGCUCUGGAUGGAAGCAACUGGCAGCGGAUCGACCUCUUUGACUUUCAGCGGGACAUCGAGGGCAGAGUGGUGGAGAACAUCUCUAAGCGAUGUGGGGGGUUCCUGCGGAAGCUGAGCCUACGGGGGUGCCUCGGUGUGGGCGACAGCGCCCUGAGGACUUUCUCACAGAACUGCAGGAACAUCGAGCUGCUCAGUUUGAACGGCUGUACCAAGAUCACUGACAGCACAUGUAACAGCCUGAGCAAGUUCUGCCCAAAGCUGAAGCACCUGGACCUCGCUUCCUGUACCUCAAUCACCAACUUGUCGCUCAAAGCCCUCAGCGAGGGCUGCCCACUGCUGGAGCAGCUCAAUAUUUCCUGGUGUGAUCAGAUCACCAAGGAUGGCAUCCAGGCUCUGGUUCGGUCCAGUCCGGGACUCAAGGGUCUUUUCUUAAAAGGCUGCACGCAGCUAGAAGAUGAGGCACUGAAGCAUAUUGGGGCGAACUGUCCCGAGUUGGUCACGCUCAACUUGCAGACAUGCUCACAGAUCACAGAUGAUGGCCUCAUCACUAUUUGUCGAGGCUGCCAUCGUCUUCAGUCGCUGUGCGUGUCAGGAUGCGCCAACAUCACGGACGCCAUCUUGCACGCGCUCGGACAGAACUGCCCUCGCCUCAGAAUCUUAGAAGUGGCCCGCUGCUCCCAACUUACAGACGUGGGCUUCACGACGCUAGCAAGGAAUUGUCACGAGCUUGAGAAGAUGGAUUUAGAAGAAUGUGUACAGAUUACGGAUGGAACGCUCAUCCAGCUUUCUAUCUACUGCCCUCGGCUGCAAGUUCUGAGUCUGUCUCACUGCGAGCUCAUCACCGACGACGGCAUUCGCCACCUGGGCAGCGGGCCGUGCGCCCAUGACCGACUGGAGGUGAUCGAGCUGGACAACUGCCCGCUUAUCACCGACGCCUCGCUGGAGCACUUGAAGAGCUGCCACAGUCUGGAUCGCAUCGAGCUCUACGACUGCCAGCAGAUCACCCGAGCCGGCAUCAAGAGGCUAAGGACCCACCUGCCUAACAUCAAAGUGCACGCGUACUUUGCCCCCGUGACUCCUCCGCCUUCGGUGGGGGGCAGCCGCCAGAGGUUUUGCCGUUGCUGCGUCGUGCUAUGAUGCAAAGGACAUCGACAUCGGUCUGCUCCCCCCCCCUCCCUCCGUGUGACCCGGAGUCCCUCCUAUUCAAGCUUCUCUCCCAGGACCCCACCCCUCCCUUGGUCAAUCAGUACAUUCUUGCUGGCGUCCCCUCCACUUUAUAAGCUGCAGAGAGACCAAACAGUGCAGGGUAACGCACACUCCACACAUUCAUGUUUUGUGCUGAUGUUUAGCACGUUCACCUCAAACAGUUCCGGGGUACGGGGUUUGGAUCUCCUCUCCGGUCUUCCUGUUUGGAGUUUGCGUCGGGCUUUUCUCCCAUAUUCUGAAAACAAGUUUAUUGAAGACUCUAAAGUGUCCAUAGGUGUGAAUGUGAGUGUGAAUUAGGGCUGAACGGUUUUGACAAAUAAUCGAAUCUGGAUUUAAAAAAAAAAUUAAAUAUUGCGAUUGCAAUUUAAUAUGCGAUACUUUUUUCAUGGUUCUCUUACCAAGAUUUUAUUUUUAACAAAAAUGAGCAACAAAUGAAUCUGUAUGAGGAUAAACAAUAUCAAAUUUAUGAUAAUAAAUGUUUUGGUUUCACAGAAUAGGCUUACGGUAUGCUAAAAUGAAAGCAAACCUUGACUUAAUACCAAAAGCAGUUGAUCAACUUCAAUUUGUUGUUAACUCACGAAACACGUUUGACUCUUUGAGUCCUUUAAGCAUUCACCAUGACAGCUCCCCAAAAAAUUCUGACAAGUGCGUCGCAUAAACUUAUGGUCAUAAAUGAGAUUUAGAACAAUGACGUCAACCAAUCUGAGGCUUUAUCCCUCUCCAAGCUUUUUAUGAUUCAUGAAACAACAACAUGUUAAGAUGUGGAGUGCGCUUAGAAGCACCAAAACUGUUUCCCCAACCGAAAUGAAGCAUGUUUUGCCUUGCAAAUUGCAACCUUUGCGAUUUCAAAUUUUCAAUCCACUACAGUCGCCAUGUCAAUUUGAAUUUGAUGAGUUGUUCAGCCCUCGUGUGAAUGCUUGUUUGUCUACCUGAGCUACUGACAACUACAGUAACCUCACAGAAUUUCUAUUUUCAUUUUUUUUUUAAGUGCAGAAAGGAAUUGACAAAACGUGUCGUCUAUCUUCUCAAGAUUUAGCUCCAAUUUUGACAUAUAGGGUGAAUUCCAUUAUUAUACUCUGUACCUUUCCCCAUCCAUCCGUGCAACUGGUGCCAACUCCCUUUUCGAAGUUGGCUAUGCCUGUGAAUCCAGGCUCCACUUCCCAAAAGGUGAGGUCCCAAGAUUGAAACAAGUCUCAGAAAAAUUAUUUCAUCUUACAUACCGAUGCAUCUGCAUGUUCGUUGGUAAGUGAAUUACCGUACUUACAAUUUGACGGGUGUCCGGUAUUAAGUCAAACAGGAUAACCACCAGUUUUUCCAGACGUUAUCCCAAGAUACAAAGCCUCCUCAAACUUCGAAUCACUCUCAUGUAAAAUGAGCCCCAAAAAAUGGAAUUGGCCUACUCUUGUUCUCAAUGUGUCCCCCAGCGAUUGACUGGCGAGCAGUCCGGGGCAUACCCCACUUGUCACCCUAAAGUCAGCUGGGAUCGGCUCCAGCGGAUAAGCAUAUAAAAAAAAGGAUGAAUGGAUAAAUGUUAGGUUUAGUAUAAAACAAAUGGAGAAAGCUGUAACAACAAACCCAUUGACCUCAGGACACCUCCAUUUUUUUUCGUCAACAUCCAAUCAUAAGUUACCAUCAGAAAGCACUUUUCUGAUUGGAUCACUCAAUACGGACCCAGGAAGAACUUUCAAUACAUAACAUGCAGCGUCUGCCAUGUGGUUGAAGUUCGUUUUUCUUGAAUGUAAUAUGGUGGGGACGGGGGGGGGGGGGGAUGUGUGAAGCAAUGCAACGAGCAUUUAAAAACAUUCUUGCUGUGGAUGGCGAAAGAAAGCACAGCUUAUCAUCUCACAUCCUGCACUGUUGGAAAAACUCCAGAGUCAGCGUCUGGGUAUGCCCCCGCCCCCUUCUCAAAAAGUGACACAGCCAGUGAACAGCAGCAAAAAAAAAGUAUUGAAAAGAAGAUUUAAAAAAACAGCAAGCUAUCUGCUUUUUGCACCUAUUGGAAAAAAACAUCCAGACUGUUUACAAAGAAGAACAUAAUGAGGUUUGUACUAACUAUGUGCCCCACUCACUGGAUUCACACACUGAGCUUGGUGCCCCUCCCCUGUCUAUGUUGUCUCGAUGUGCGUCAUUGGCGAGUGGCGGGUGGGUGGGGGUGGGUGAAGAAAAAGAAAAACUAUUUUUCUAAAACGAAAAGCAGCACACAUUUGGGGGACUGAAGAAAAUGCCAAAUGUUGCAUGUGACACCUAUUUUUCUUUUUAUUUUUGAACCCGGAUGUACAGUACAUAAGUGAGGACUGUGGGAGUCUUGACAGAUGACAUAAUCGAAAGAAACACUAUGAAAAGAAGAUGAUGACUGGAUUAAAAAAAAGAAAGAAAUAUUACUCUGCAAGAUCAACAGGAAGAAAAAGCCAACCAUCACGUUUUGCUCUGAUUUCACUGACUUGCACGAAAGAGUACUAGGGUCACUCUGAAAAGAUAAACAUUGGUCAUAUUUUACUACAAAUACUACAAAUUUUACUACAAAUACUACAAAUUUAUUCUCACUUUAUGACUUUAUUCAAUGUAAAAUUAGGAAGGCACUAAAGAAAUCUUUACAGGUAAUGUGACAAUGUUUUAUUUGGAAUAUUAUUUUUUUUCCAAAAAAUUAAAAAUGUCAGUAUGACAACUGUCACGUAACUUUUGGUCUAACAUAAUUCCACAAAUUAGAUUAGAAAUUACGACCCAUGCCCAUAAUAUUAAUAUCCAGCUUCACAUUAUAUCAUUCCAUUUUUUUCUUGUAUAAUUAAGACAAUUUCAUCUCUUUUCUCUCUUAAUAUACCAGCAUUCUUCUGAAAAAAUGAUUUCCCUUAACUUUAUUGAUGCAAAAAAAAAGAAAAUUUGUGAAAUUGGCAGUUUUUCCCUAUGAAACUUUGAUUUAUACUAUUUUUGUUUGUUUUCCUCCAUUUAGUGUGGCCCUAAUACUCCUUCGUGGACUCCUGGGGUCCAGACCGGUUGUGGUUUUUGAUGGGCCCAUGAAGUAUUGAAACCUCCGACUACCUGCAUUUAUUUUGCCCCUCCUUCUAUAUUUUACUGCCCUCCCUUUGCCUUGUUUCUUUUCUUUUGGCGUGGCUCCGAUUGCACCUGCUUCGUGUUGCGUUGUGUUCAUUGUCUCCUCUGAGAUUUUGUAUUUUUAUCAUCGUCGUAAAUCUCCAGGCCAGGUGCAAUUGUAAGUAGGAUUUUUUUUCUCGCUCGAUCUCUCAGAUAUUACUUCUCAUAUUUCCCUGAAGUGAAACGGCUCUUCAGGCAUGAUGUGUCACUUCGGAAUAAUCCUCCUUUAUUUCUAUAUGUCGCCCUCUUUUCUGCAAUUACCCUACACCAAAUUCCCCAGACGUGACUGAAAUGUGGAAUGUUAAAGCGUCCUAAAUGUCCCCAAAAUGGAUUGAAGGAGGCGAAACAAGCUUGAGUCAAGAUUCUCCUAAUUUUUGUGGGGAUAAUGCAAAUCAGGAUGAGCCCCGUGUAAUCCCGCCGUUUUGUUCGAGUGGGGCUCUACACUAGGGGGGAUUAGGGAACGUGUCAAAAUGGCAGCCGUGUACCCCCGAGAAAGGAAAGCGGGAUUGAUUUUCCUGGCCCAUGUGUCAAUACGAGAGAAACGCCUUAAGGAGCUUGCGGACCAAAGUGUCAAUGCUAACUCUGAAAAGCUUGAAUCAGCCCACUGACCCGUGUGUCAACGCUAACUCUGAAAAAUAAAGGAAGGAACGUGCGAUGAAGUCUUCUGGCCCACGUGUCAAUGCUGCUGGUCCAAAUGUCAACACUGACUCUGAAAAUGCAAGGAGACUUCUGGCCAAUGUGUUCACAUUAACUCUGAAUUUUACCCGAAAGUGAGGCGAGAAAGAAUCCGCUGGCCUAUGUCAACUUUGUAGGAAAGUAAGAGCAGCUCGCCAGACCUUGUGUCAAUGCUAAGAAUGGAUUUACUGUGAGAAAACCACAAAAGAGCUUGCUGGCCCAUGUGUCAAGAUAAGAUAUCCUUUAUUCGUCCCACACUGGGGAAAGUCAAGGCUAACUCUUGACUUAACGGCGGUAGUUUGUUGGCGCAUGUGUCAACGCUCACUUUGGAAAGCAUAGAGCAGCUCACAGAACCGUCUGGCAACGCUAGCUUUGAAUGUUCCGGUCAGAAAGUGCAGAGAACGAUGUUGGCUUGUGCGUCAAUGCUAACGCUUGGCUAGUCAAUUGGCCCGUUUGUCGACGGCUCACUGUUGAGCAUAACGGUAGGAAAGCUUGUGUCAACAUCAUCGCAAAACAAACACACGGUUGGUUCCCCUUGCAUUUGAAAACACACAAACACUGGAGUUAGAAUGCAAGAGGUGAACCCAGCCACCCGGGUGCCCCAAAACAGGACGCCGUUUUCAUUGAAAUCUGAGCGAUAUUUAAAAAUUGACAAUGACUGUCGUUCAUGAAAUUACUGUAAAUCGUUUCCUUUUAUUUUUUAUUGUUUUCAUCUUUUUUUGUACAAUUAACCGAUAUAAAUGAAUUAUGUAUGUAUAAAUAAAUAUAUACCUAUAUUAUUAA